GUAUGUGUUUUAUGGUGGCAUCUGUCUGAAUGCAUCUGGAUGCCGUCUUGCAACCAGGGUGGACCAUAAGGUGUGCAAGAGAAGUGAAUUUCAACUAAAUGUUGCAAAAGGCAGCAAGAAAUAUGAUGGCCACCUUCCUAUAGAAAUAAAGGCUGUUCCUGAGGGCUCUGUAAUUCCCAGAGGAAAUGUUCUUUUCACAGUAGAAAACACAGAUCCAGAGUGCUACUGGCUCACAAAUUGGAUUGAGACUAUUCUUGUGCAGUCAUGGUAUCCAAUCACAGUGGCUACAAACUCUAGAGAGCAGAAAAAGAUUUUGGCCAAAUAUUUGCUAGAGACUUCUGGCAGCUUGGAAGGACUGGAAUAUAAACUGCAUGACUUCGGCUACAGAGGAGUUUCUUCACAAGAGACUGCAGGAAUAGGAGCUUCAGCUCAUUUGGUAAACUUCAAAGGAACAGACACUGUAGCAGGAAUUGCGUUAAUUAAAAAGUACUAUGGUACAAAAGAUCCAGUUCCAGGAUAUUCUGUUCCAGCUGCUGAACACAG